UCGGAUCUUUUUUUCUCGAUCUCUGAAAUAUACUCGAUUUUCAUCAAAAUCAUGAGCAGAGCUUAAUUUGAGUCCGGGAAAAAUUUUUCCUCUUGGUUUCUUUCGCCCAGCCCUGACCCCAGUCAUGGAAAAAGAUGGCUCCUAGUCUAUGCGACCUGAUUGAUUUUUUGUUAGCGGAGAUAGCCCUUUGCGGUGCUCAAGGCGCAUCCCCGGCGGAUGUCUUGGCUUUGGUUGAUACGUUCUAUGCGAAAGCUCCCCAGCAGGGCUCAAGUCGCACGCAGACGGUCGAUCGUCGCUUUCAGGCCAAGGUCUGGACAUGGCUAAUCAAAAACCCCGAGGUGUCUGUGGGCCAAAACAGAGAAUGGAAUCACCUGAGCCUGGAUGAUGCGGAACGACAUGGUUGCGCCCAAUCCGAUGCGCGCGACAGUCAAGAGACCGCGUCGGACAUCCGGGUGUUCGUGUCCGAAGAGAGAACCUGGCUCGCAAUUACCGGCCACGAACCGGACGAGACCAAGGUGCUUCCGAUGGAGUUUACCCUGCUAUCCAUCAUCGCCUCGCGCAAGUCCCAAGGCAUCGUUCAAACCGAACUUGUCCGGCUCAGUGGCCAGGACAAGCGCUCCGUUCCCAAGAGAACCGACAUGCUACAGAAAAAGGGAUACAUCGAGAAACGGGCAAUCCAAAUCAAAUCUGCGCGCACGAGCCUGUGUACCUUGCGCAAGUUCCUGGUGCCGGAGCAUUCCACCACGGGGAUGACAACCGAUUCGGGACCGGACGCCAGGCCAGACGAUGAUCAGAUGAUCGACUUCGAAAAGUACCUAGACAAUCUUUUCAGUAUCCUUCGGGAGCACGAGAUCAUCUCGCGCCACGAUUUGAAAACGCGACUUGGAUUUGCGGAUCGGUGGAGGUGGAAAAUCUUGUCUCGAUCGCUCCGCAAGUUUGAGAGGAUCGGUCUGCUCAUGAGAGUCAGGGCCUUGUCCCAAUAUACCGGCACCGGGAAGCACUUUCAUUCUUGCGUCAGGCUUGUGCGGGAGCCGACUAAGCGAGACUACGAACUGUUCCAUGAGUAUGGCCAGAGUCUCAUAACCAACCUCGAGGAAGCGAAUGCCGAGCUGGACGAGGACAUGGAGCCCACCCAAGGGAUAGGCGAGCCGUCGCUGCAAACUCCGGACGGCCUGGAAAUGGCCAAGCAAGACGAGGACGUGGAGGUGUUCGGUCGACCCAUUCCGAUCUGGACCCCGGACCGAGUCGUCCACAAUCAGGUUUUCGAUGUCGUCGAUGCGACAGGCACCGCAGGGUGCACUAACCGGGAAGCUCUACAAACCUGCUUCGGGCAGUUUUAUCGCAGGCCGCUAGAAAACAUGUUGACCCGACUGGUGGAAUGCUGGCAACUGUCGCAGCCGUUGCAUCUGCGCCAUCGGGCCAUUGUGCGCGACAUAGCCUUGCAAAAGACCAUCACUCACUACAUCCAGUACUCGGCGGGCAACUUCCGCAAGGUCGUGGACGCCGGAGAGGCAGCGUGGGAAGCCGUGGAAUAUACACCCAAGGGUAAUAAAUCGAGUAGCCUUCGUCCUCCUCCCGCGAAUGCGCAGCCUGAUCUCGAUGACUAUGGUCUACCUCGGGCAGUGCCCACGAAAGAUCUGGUGAAGAAGGGCCGUGCGUCUCUUUUCGAAUGCAUCGCGACAGUCGGGCCUCAGGACUACGUUUGUUCCAGCAGCGAUCUAAAAGCAAUGCAGCUGGACGAUGGCAGUUACGCCAUCUACCCAGGCGAAAGGAAACUUCCUGCAGGGGGAUCCAGAGACCCUGACAGCACUCCUCGACGCCCCAGGGGCACACCGAUCAGGUUGAAGAUAGAGGAUCCAGACACCCCCGAUGGAGAACUGCUCGACACUCCCAAUUCCGCACGUAUCGUGGAGCCUAGGUACUCCAGGAAAUUGAAAACCAGAGAGGAUUCCGAACGCUUUCACGGAAUGUCGGAAUUAGAGAAAUUGAAAUGUCUCGGUCUUGACGAAACAUGGACAGAGUACAGUAUUCUCCUGAUGGAACGGUCCAGCCCGGGGGUUUAUAUCACGCCUCGACGGCCAAGGAUCAGCCGCCUCGCUGCUUUCAGAUCGCCUAAGCUCAUGUCCCUUCCGUGCGAACCAGCAACUCCGGCCCAACAAGAUCAGCGUGAAUUGAGCACCCCUGCCACAGCAUCUCAUUUUACUACACCCUCAAGAGGGGUAAAAAGGAGCUUGCGACAGCGUGCAUCUCUUAUGGAAUCUUCCCCGUUGAGGGCGGAGAUUGUGAAACACCGACGCCUCGAUGAACCCGAAGUUGACUCCGCCGAUGUUUCUAUGGCGGUGGCUUACAGUCCCACUGCCAGGGGGCAUUCUAAGCGCAAACGGACAGAGUCUCCCACUCCCGAACAACCAACAAGUACAGACAGGGACCAAAACUCCAUGACUCCUACUCGAACUACUAAGACGCCAUUGAAAAAAGCCCGUCCUGCGAGCAGCUUACCGGAUAGUGCAAUGGGAGACCCUUCCGCAGGAGAUAACAUGGGCUCUGUAUCUAACCAAGACACCACACCAGCUACUCCACACAACUCAGAAGUCCCAGAUACGUCGAGUCCGAGGAUGAAGAUGGCAGAAAAGGGAGGAUCCAUGGGCUAUCUACGCAGAAAAAUCGUGAUGGACAUCGUGGAUAAGGUUGGAGGAGCCUUUCCCCUUGGUGCCGAUCUCUGGUACCCAUUCGCGACGGCCUGGCGGAAAACGAAGACGGCAUUCACAUUUAGUGGCAAAGACAGCAAAGGCGUGAUGCCAGACGAUCCCCGCAUUAAAUACAUGCAGGGGACGAUCUUGGCCUCGGAAGCACGCAUCCCCCUGCCCCCCAGCGUUGAAGUCGACCCAGAACUCAGUAAAAAUGGUGGCCGAAAACCAGUCUUGAAGGACCCGAAGACGACAUAUCCGAUUCCGGUUGACCCUGGGCUCAGGGAAAGGAGAAAGGGCCGGAGCAUCCAGAGAAGGCUGCUCCAGAGGCUGAACUCCUCACGUGGCAAGCAAGACCCAGCAAACCCGAAAGUGGUGCGCCUUGCGAGUAUUCAACGCCGCUCCGGACAAGAUGGCUCUGUGUCUGGCUUAACCUCAAUCUUCAGCCCGGACCAGGUAGGCCGCUCGGCAAAGAGACGUGUCAAUCCUCUUCUUCAGGAUGGGUCCAACAUGAGGCGUCUAUGUAUUCCCAUAUCAUCCAUCGCUCCUUACGCGAUGCUCAUGAGCCCGAAACAGACUUUCAAUGCUAGCUCAGGGACCUUCUCAACAGAUGCUGGCCUCGCCGCUCUGCAGUCUCCCAGGGUGGGUGGUGACUUGCCGCGGUCGCUUGAAGACUUGUUGAAUAAGACUCGCCGAGACACCUUGAAAAGGGCGGAUCUUAGAGAUCCGCGGUCUGUUGGGUUCUUCCGGGAUAACGAUACCAUUCUCCGUUGGGAGCUUGAAAAUGAAGAUUUCCUGGGGGUAAAGGGUGAUGAUCUAAUGUACAUCAACCAAGCCAUCUACGACUCGUUCGACAGUGCCCCGGUUGACGGGGAUAUUCGUUUCGAUGUUGAUGAGCCCAAGCCCGAGGGGCUGGCCGCUAUAAUUGGACGGCCUGUGACUAGACGACAGACGGGAGGCAAGCGCCGUUCACUACGCGAAUCCGGAUCAGCGUACCUCGAGUCUCCGAUGGACCGACUGAACAUGCUAGAUCCAGAAACGGGCUUGUACUCCGAAGCAGGCAAGGCGGAAGCUGCUGCGACAGCACAGGAUGACGUGCCUCGUAUCCGACGGAACCGCCUUGCUCGUCUAGUGUCACCCAACCUGUUCCAGCGCAUCAUGACCGCCAUCGUUAUUGUUCGCACCCUGGCAGGGGGCUACGAUGGGCGGAUGGUAGAUUGGAAUCUCGUUGCGAAGGCCUUCCCAGACUACGACGAGAGCUUCAUCCAGGACAGGGGCAAAGCGAUCCUUAACAAAAACCGCCUGCAACUCGCCAAGAUGCAAAGCGACUUCCAAGAGCGGUUCAUCGAAGCAUAUGCCCAAGACCAAGUCCCGCCGAUCAACUAUGACGAUCUAGACGGGUACGACUGGGUGGGGUUGGCGAACUGGGCGAACACCCAGGUCGACGUCCCCAGAUCAGAAACUCAUCCCGAUCUCCCUGCUACGCGGGAACAAUUCGACAGUGUUUUCGAAAUCCGCGAGGAGCCACUCACGUCCCUGGAAGAGGUGUACCAAGCCAACAACUCGGUGACAGUCAACCGGCGACGCGCGCUCCUCGCCGGGGUACCCUACGCCGCUCCCCUGGCCGACAAACCCAAGCAGGCCGGACCACGGAAGAAGGAGCUCGCCCAGAUGGAAGCAGCCAAGAGCUGGGUGCGCGCCAACGUCAUCACCUUCGAAGAGAAAUACAAGCCCGCCGAAGCGCGCGUGACGCUCUCCCACCUCGGGGAAGAUCUAAUCAACAACGCCCUACAGUCCCUAAUGACCGACCGAGUCAUCUCAAGCAGCAACCGCGGGCGCAUAAGCCCGGGCAGAAACUACACCAUCACAGACCUCUUCCUCCAAACCCUCGGCCGCAAGCGCGCCAUCGAAUGCACAGAGCUCCGCCGCGCCGCCCGAUUCAAAACCACCAUCCUGGACCCAGCCCUGCAAGCAAAGGGCUCCUUCGACGUCAACUAUCACGCCGAAGACGGUGACAUCCUCGCAGCGAUCAACCUCGCCGCGGAGGGGCGACUCCUGCUAAAGCCGCGCGAUCCGCCGCUGGAGAAAUUCGGCCUCACGGACGGCGGAUACCUGACGCGACUCAUCGACAAAGACAAGCUCCACUUCUCUGUCGAACUCCACCCAACAGACCGCCAACACCACGCACCCAUGCCCCCGCUGCUGACCAUCUCCCCGGACAUAUCAGUGCCGGAGAAGAUCCCCAUGUGGUUCGACAUCCACGGGGGCUUCGUCAAGGUGCUGUGGGACCUGGCGCUGGCUGCUGUGGUCGGGUGUAUCGCCACGCGGCCGGGCGUCAGCGCAGGCAGCGUCACUAACAUGGUGAAGCCUACCAUGGGGGCCUGGGAGGUGGAGCUGCUGCUUGGGUGGAUGGAGGAGGUGGGUGUUGUUGUGCGGCAGGGCUGCAAUGAGAGGGGUGAGACGGGGUGGGUUGUGAGAGAGUGGUGGUGGAUGGUGUUGGCUGCGGCUUGAAUUGUAUUAUAUGUAUUUAUUAUUGAUGGAACGUGAUGUUUACGGAUUGUAUCAACUAGCUGGACUUUUGGUCUGACGUCUCU